UGCUAAUGAACUUGCAAUGGCAAUGGAGAAGUUUCAGCUAAAGGCGCAACAAGCAUAUUCUGAUUUCCCAGAUGAUCAAAGAAUUCAGUCCUUGAGAGAUUCAGCUUCAGUUGUGUGGGACAACUGUUCUUCUACAAACAACGUCAACCAAACAGAGAAUGUUGUUACUCCCAAUCCAAAUAUAACAGAGAAUCAAUCUGGGAUUCCUCGUGAAGAGCGUGCUGAAAUUCCUCGUGAAGAGCGUGCUGAAAUUCCUCGUGAAGAGUCUGUUCUAAGAUUUAGCCAAGAUGAAGAUGAUGAGUUUUGGAGGAAUCUGAUUGUGAUUAAAGCUUGGGAUGAUAUUGUUGAAAAAGGGAUACGAAACAAAAAUGCAAGAUGUGCACAGGAGCUGGUACCCCCGUCCUUUAGCCUUGGUCUUGACUCACCGAUUAAUGAAACUGUUUCUGAAAUUGCUGCUGAUGUUUUACACAAAAUUUUGAAGGAUAACGAGGUUGAGGUGGAUGAUACUCUGCCAGGGAUAGACACUGUUAUUAAAUUCCAUGAAAAUGCAAUUUUUGAAGAAGCGGUGUUUUUAGAGAAAGAAGUGGCUGAAAGAGAACUGAGGUUGGAUAGAAGGAGGAAUCAGAAAAAGAGGGAUUCACCAACAAAAGGAAAAGGACCCUGUGAGGUAAACAAAAGGCAGAAGGUGGAGAAUAGGGAAGUUACUCUGUCGAAGUCUUUGUGCUCACCAUAUAAGGAUCGAAUGGUGAAUAUAAAAAGUGCGCUAACACCUGCACAAAAAGCCAUUGUGGAUUAUGUGAUAAACCCUCAAGAACCUGCUGAUGAAAAACUUUUUGUGUGGAAAGUUGGUGAACGUGAUGAAUUUUCUUUGACAAGGCUUCAUUUUCAGUCAUUCAAACAAGGCAAUGGAAUGUUCUCUCCCAUAAUUGACGCUUGGUUGUUGAUUCUAAAUUCCAAAGAACAAUACAAAUCUGAUUCCUCACCAGCUCGUUUCUUUUUCAGUUGUCUACCAGCAGUAAGUUUUUAUUUCUUGUUAAAAAAUCUUCAAUGAUUUUGGUUGCAUUUAAGUUUCUCAUUUAGGGCAUUGGCUAUAUCAUCUCCUGAAUUAUCAGAAUGCUUAGUCCCCCUCCCCUGUCUUAAGGCCAAGGGAUGGACAUUCAGCUAUUUGAACAAAACAUUGGCA